CGCUCCUCACCAUCAAAAACUUCCCUCAGCUCCGCCCAGAAAAUAAUAUACCCAAAAUACCAGCAAAUCCAUUCCGUUCUCCCUCUGCCAUGGAAUCUUCAACAUGAGACUCUUGCGGUUUAACCGUAAAUUUUGAGUUGAAACACUUCCUUGACUAUGACUAUGACAUGACUGCAACAAGACAAUGCCCCCACCACAUCCCCCCGUGUUAUCCACCACGCACGAACACGAUCAUAUUGUCGAUGCUUCUAUUUUGAGCAUCAUAAAGCCACCGUUGCCAAGUCGAAGGCCGAGAACUGCUCAGUCACCGAACAAUGCCGAGGUCUUGGUACCGCCACUCAUCGCUGGCGCUCUCGUUGCAGCUUUCGCUUCUGCCCUUGCCGAUGGAUUGAAUAACGAACUUCUCACCCAUUAUUAUCUCCCCGAGCAAAAGUUUCGCGUCAACAUUGAUAGGAUAUUGGAUCGACUGUUGUCUGAGUUCACGUUGAUGUUGUGGGAUGAGCUGUGGGCUUUCUAUUGUGACUCGAAUCCGGACUCGACUGAGCAAAUCAAGAAAUUGUUCGAUGGACCUGUGUGCCAACUUAUAUUGAUCCUCAAUGGACCUGAAGCACCACGAUGCUUGCUUGAUAAGCUCGGCCCUGGUAUAUCGAGACGUCCGGCAACAUGGUCCGAGUCGGCACGGGGCAUUGAACUGCCAGUUGCUCUCCAACUCCUCUGCAGCUACUGGGACAGAGAAUACCCAGCCCGCUCACCCAGGGGCACACCAAAUGAGAUUGCUGCUUCUCUCCAUACCUACAUCACCACAGGAAGGUCUGCGAGACAUCUUAUCUCAAGAAUACGCGAAGUCUUGAUCUCACCCCACUAUGUGCAGAUGCAUCUCAUGGAAUCAGCUCUGUGGCACAUCCUCAUGAAACCCCCCUAUCGACCCCCUGGAGACGGAUUUCACGCCAUCCAGUUCAAAUUUGAGUGUCAACUCUUUGGCCCCCUUCAAGGUAUCGGAGACCCCCAACUCGUCAAAAUGGGCUCCUUGCCGGCUAUUACUGGGACCGCCAAUGACUGCGUUUAUACCACGAUAUCUGAGUACACAGCUAAGCAAUGGCCUAAGUGCGGCGAACUCCUCCUGGGUUGUAUCGAAGACGCCGUCAAAGAAGCUUCAACGUCGAGUUGUGAGGGCCACUCAUUCACCGGCAUGUCGAUUUGGGAUGGUACCGAAAACCCAUUCUUAUGUCCUGGUCUACGUCUGCUGCAUGUCGAAGUCGAGGAUGGCUCAAUACGGUUGACAGUAUCAGCAUGGACACACACCAUGAUUGAGAUAUUACAACAGAUGGCGUGGACUUGUGCAGCACUAAGCUCCUCGCCAUUUCAGGGUUCACUCUCUGAGAGUGCGGUUGAAGUGUCGGAUUGGCAGUACAUGGACGAUUCCAUCUUUGUCGAGUGUAAUCUUUCGCAUCGACCUGUGCCAGCAGGAGAUGGCUCAGCGUGGCUAAAGCAAUUAGAAGGGGCUGCUAUUGCAAACGGGUUCCCGAUAAAUCAUGUUAGGGAAGAUUCUCAGAUGACAUAGAGCGGAGGUUAUGAGGGCCAAAUGGCAUGAGUGUAUGAUCAGAGCUUUUAUUCUAGAUGAAAUGAUACCCGUAUUUAAGCAUUCAAUACUCGGUCAACAAUUCAAUCUUUAGGAGAUUCAAGUAAUAGUAGGAUAAGAGGAUCUCGUUUAUUCUUUCUGUCUUUAAAGAAGGGUUAUUGACAAAAAUGGUCUCGCCCCUGGUAAUGCCAGAUUCAACCACCGCCUAUCCUACU